AUGAAUAUCCCUAGGAAACCUGUCCCAUCUGGCGUCAGUGUCACCGAAGACCCUCCCUCAAAUUCGAAACCAGUUCCCUCCACCCCGAUGCGACAAGGCCAUGUAGAAAAACCUCCAAAGCCUAACCCACCAGCCAAACCGUUGGUUGGUGGGACACAGAAGAAAACCUCGAACAAUAUCUUUCGCUCCUGGAAGUGGCAGAUGUUAGUUUGGCUCUUGGCUACCAGCAUCAUAGCCACCAUCCUUGUUCUGUUUGCCGUCUACCAGAACAGACCACUUUCUGACUUCAAGAGUAAGGUUCAACUGACAACAAUUGUCGCCAUCGCCUCCGUGGGUGCUCAGUCCGCUCUCCUCUUCCCAAUUUCGUCAUGCUUGAGUCAACUGAAGUGGCUACGACUACAGACAACAAGACCACUCUUAGACCUGCAGAGAUUUGAUGAUGCUAGCCGCGGGCCUUGGGGGAGCUUGCUGAUGCUGUCUAGAGGGCGAUCUGGUUUUCUCGCUCACUUCGCUGCUCUCAUCACAUUGGUUAUGCUUUCACUGUCUGCUUUUGCCCAGCAGGCGGUACUAUUGUCCAACCACUGGGUUGAGGAACCCGGUGGCUCAAUCCAACGCAUUGUCCAUUUUGGAACUGAAAACGUCAAUGAUACGAGUGGCCAGAUGAGAUUGAGUAACCUCCAGAGCGGGGGCUCGUCGUCGGGGCUCAUAUUCAUGUUCAGUGGUGUCACUGCUCCUAUGGUCUCUGCAAUCAAUGCUGGCAUCCUUACUCCUGGUGCAGAUCCCUCUGCAAUUGUCGGAAACUGUCCGACCAGCAACUGUACCUGGCCAACGUACACCUCACUUGCCAUCUCCUCUUCGGUUCAAGAUAUCACCCCUCAAAUACAGGUCGCCGAGGACAAUGAUGGCCGCCAGACGUUCGCUUUGAGAAAGUACUACAUGACUCCCUACUUUGCCAAUAUGUCCGCGGGACAAUUGGUCUAUAUCGGCUCCAAUGGCCUCUACGGUGUAAAUAACGACCCAUCCGAUCCCGCCAACAUCGUGCGCUUUGACAUCAUGUUCUUCAAAGACGUUGACAAGUCCGGCUCAGAUACUGCCAACAUUGACCCUCAGCGCGAUCUGGUGGCAUUUGAAGGUCGACUGGAUGUCUGUCUCCAGACCUUCAAAACCUCAACCGUCAAUACGACGACCACGAGCAAGUUGCUUCGCACAUACCGCACCUCGGAGCUGGAAACGAGCUUUAAUGGUACCACCACAGACGACGCCGGACUCUACGAGGUCUUGACCUUGCGUACCUUGCGAAUUCCUGGUGAGGAGGAAGAGUAUGUCAUGGGUCAAGCGGCAAUCUCCACUUUCACCAAUUACCUGAGCAUGUUGAUAUUCUGGGGAUAUUCCCUCAAACCACAAGGGACCGGCUACGGUGCCAUGUCAUACGAUGGCAGUACGCUGAGAUUUACAGACACCUUUCAAUACACAUAUGUCAACGAGGCCACUCGUGGUUUCACGGAUGCCAUCUACGCUGACGGUCCCGUCGUCACUGGCAAUGGCCAGGCAGCGGUUGAGGCUCGCCUCUCCAAUCUGGCCACCAGUAUGACCAACACCCUGCGGAGCUCCGCUAAUCAACCUGCAUUUGCCAGUGGCAUAGCGGCAACGUUGAAGACGUACAUCACGGUCAACUUCUUGUGGAUGAUCCCGCCGCUUGCCCUCGACCUCGCCACGCUAGUACUGUUGAUUUGCACCAUCUUUGUCACAAGACGAAGCAAGACCCCUGCAUGGAAGUCAUCUCAACUGGCCGUCCUGUUUGCUGCGAACCACAACUUGGAUGCAAAACACCAGCUGAUUGCGGAUGUCAAUUUGUUGGAAAAGGAGGCGCGAACUGAAUAUGUUCACAUGAGCAAGGCCCCUCUCCCGGAAACCAAUCAAGACUUUAGCGAGGGGACGUGGCAGAUGGAGUUUGAGACUAGGGCUGAACAAGGUAGGUGA